AUGAGGUAUGUGAGCACUAGAGGGGGCGGGGAGGAGGAAGGGAUCGAGGAGGCGCUGAGGAGAGGCUAUGCUCGCGAUGGAGGCCUGUACGUGCCCAAGACCAUCAGGGAGCUCGAGGAGGGAGAGCUGGAGAGGCUCUCCAGGCUCCAGUUCAGAGAGCUCUGCACUGAGAUCCUACUCUGGUUCGCAAGCGAGGAGCUUUCGGAGGAGGAGGUGAGGGGGGUCGUACAAUCCUGCUUUGAGGGGUUCUCCAGCGAAGAGAUCAUUCCUCUGACCAUGCUGAGUGGGAGAGGGGCGCCGGAAGAUGGAAGUGUCCUGGUCGCAGAGCUGUUCCAUGGACCGUCAAUGUCCUUCAAGGACUUUGGGCAGCAAGUUCUAUGCAAGCUGUUGAACAUGUUCGCUCAGAAGAAGAAGAACAAGAUCUCCAUUUUGGUCUCAACCACCGGAGAUACAGGGCCUGCAGCGAUCAUGGCAGCAAGGGGACUGGAGGCGCUGAAAGUGGUGGUAACAUACCCGCACGGACAGAUCUCCAAGUUCCAGGAGCUUCAGAUGACAACAGAGGACGCAAACAACGUGUUUGUGUACAGCUUUCAAGGAGGCGGGGAUGAUAUGGACGCACCCAUUAAAACUCUUUCCACCGACGUGUCGUUCCAGGAGCGCCAUGGCCUGGCGGCUGUGAACUCGAUCAACAUAGGACGAGUGAUCAUGCAGAGUGUGCACUAUUUCUGGAGCUAUUUCCGCGCUGUUGAGAAGUUGAAGUUGCCCGUUGGCAGCUCUGUGGACUUUGCGCUGCCGUGCGGGGCUCUGGGAAAUGCUGCAGCAGGCUUGCUUGCCAAGAAGAUGGGCCUGCCGAUCAGGAGGAUCGUGUGCGGGACCAACAUGAACGAUAUCUUCCACCGCGCCAUCAGCAGCGGCGACUUUUCGAGGCACGACAAGAUGAUACGGACUCUGUCGGAAGCAAUCAACAUACAGGUCCCUUACAACUUCGAGAGGAUCAUAUACUUCCUCAGCGGCGGCGAUCACAAGCUGGUCAAGGAUCUGAUGGGUCGAAUGUCGGAAACAGGAAGAAUUCAGGUCGAGGGUGAGCUUCUGCAAUCUCUACAGGAAAAUUUUGCUUCUCAACGAGUCACCGACGAGGAGAUGCUCGAGGCAUCACAGGCGCAGCGGAGCUGCAUGCUCGAGGAAGACUACUUGAUGGACCCGCACACAGCCGUGGGCUACGCAGCAAUCAGGAGGAGCGUCCUGUUGUGGAGAGCGCCAGGAGGGGCCUGUAAGGACGGAAAUGUUGUGCUGCUGGCAACUGCUCACCCUUGCAAGUUCGAAGACGCUAUCACUGAGGUAGGACGAGGAGGAAGGGAGAGAGGGGGAUGGAGACGGUCGGACUUGAUGUGGGUGAGAGGGAGGAGGCGGGGAGGAAGAGAAGCGGUAGCCCAGGGAGGAGGAAGAGGCUCUGAGGGGGAUUUGUGCAGGCGUUGGGAAAGAAAUGGGUGGAGGAGAACGAAGAGAGAGUGCGACCGGAGAGCGUCAAGAAGCUCAUGA